AUGACAUAGCCCGCCCUGUCCCUUCACACCCCAUUAUCUACAUCCUUCACUCCUGCUGUGGGGUACAAUAUGGGCUGGAGCAUUUUAUCUAAGAUAGGUGCCAUAAACAUUGAAAACGCUGUGGGAGGAGGGAAGUUGCUGGAGGUGGACUCUAUAGUCAGGGGCACCCUGGAGACAGAGUCCAGUACCCCAGUAGCUGUAACUGGGGACUCCAGCAAUGUCAUGUCCUCCUUCAUCAAAGCACUGCGGGUAACUGGGCAAGAAGAGGCAACAGCCCCCACUGGGAUGGUGAGGACCAUGAUUCCCACUUGCUACUCUUCCUCCUACAUUCCAAGUGUGGUGCUGUGGGACAUGCCUGGAACAGGGACUGCCACCCAAAGUCCGGAGAACUAUCUGGAGGAGAUGCAUUUUAGCUAGUAUGAACUUUUCAUCAUCAGUAUAUCUGAACAGUUCAGCAUGAAUCUCAUAAAGCUAGCCCAGAUCAUUCAGAGUCUGGGAAAGAGGUUCUACAUCAUCUGGCCCAAGCUGGACAGGGACCUCAGCACAAGUGCCUUCUGGGAGGAAUGGCUCCUGCAGAAUAUCCAGGAGAAUAUCCAGAAAAAUCUCCUGAAGGAAGGGGUGUGUGAACCCAUCAUAUUCCUUGUCUCCAGCAUCGAUCCCUUAUUGCAUAACUUCCCAGUUCCUAGAGACACCUUGCACAUCAGGUACCAUGGUCCCCUAGAGAACUUGCCUUACACCCAUGAGAAGGUCAUUAAUUACGAAGUGAUCUCUUUGUAGGUGAAAAUAGCAUCAAAGUUUUUCCAGGACACCCUUGGCUUUCAGAAUGCAGAUGAUCUGGGGGAGUGUCUGAAGGCCUACCAUUUGCUUUGUGUGGAUGAUGAAUGUCUCCAGCAGGUGGCCCAGCAUAUGGGAAAACCCAUGGAGGAAUACAAGACCAUUAUGAAGUCUCAAGAUCUGCACACUGUUCACCCCAGGGAGACAUUAUUGGCAUUAUAUUGGAUGAAUUGUAAUACAGCCUCUUAUAUUAGCCAAAUUCCACUCUUAGAUGACACUAUUAUCAACUACACAAGACAGUAGAAAUAUAGACAGUUCCUUGGAAUAGUCACCAAGGACACCAAGACCAUCCUGAAGAAAAUCCUGCAAGACUUCAUCAUCUGAAGAGCUGAUGUCUCAACAGUCUCCUUUUGAAGCAACCUCAGGACAUCUGGGGUCUUCUCCUCACCUUGUAUACUUUAUAAAUUCUCAGUCAAGCUCAAUAUGUCCACUUUCAUUGGUUCUAAAUUCUUUGAGGCAAGAGAGCUGAGUAGCUCAUUUUGAACCAACCUCAGUAG